AUGCAGUAUAGCAACCUCUCUCCCUCCGAAUCCUCACACUGCAACGUGGCAUCUUCCUCAGACAAACACGUCGAAUUUUACCAGGUGUUGACCACACCAAACGACUUGAAUGUCGCUCAAGGCUUUCGCGAAACGUUAAAGUGUCUAACCUUAGAUGCAACAAAAGCUUGUGGCCUUGCCGAGGUGAACCCCGCCCCCGACCAUUCGAUUCUAGACGUACUAUCCCAACGUUCGCGUUUGCUCGAGACACUCAUCAUACACGGCACCAUUCCUCCCCAGCAUAUCUAUACUUCCCGUCCCUGGCCCUCCGGACUGCGCAGGGUGCAGUUGAAGGUCGAAUAUGCCAACGCAAGCUUCCUACUCCCGCUUUCCAACCUCACGCAACUCGAAACGCUCGAUAUCCAAAUAACAUCGUACACGGAUCCUAAGGAGCUGUUGUGCUUGAGCACAUCGAGAAUUGCCUUUGGAUCACUGCAGACGCUUGUUUUUCGAGGACAUUUCAAGCUGACGGCCACCUUCCUGAAAGUCAUCACCAGCCCUAAACUCCAAGACGUAACCCUGCAAGGUAAGGUAUCUGGCGACUCGAGAUACUGGGACGACUGUUUGACUACCCUCGCAUCGCGUUUCGCCUCAAUGCGCCGGAUGUCAAUCAACGGAGCCUCCGGCAUUGAGAGAUUGACACGAUGUGUAUCUCUAUGCGAUCUCGUGGAGACUAUCUCGCAUCUGGACAAGCUCGUCUCCAUUCACCUGACCCUCCCGUACGGUGCGCAUUGGGAAGAGGAUGCAUUGCGCACAAUGGCGAUUAAUUGUCCAAAGCUCGAAGAGUUGAAGUUCUGGGCUUAUAACCUCGACAUGAACAUCCUCGUGCACCCUCAAACUAUGCUCGACAUCAUCAGUGCCUGUCCAAAGCUGAGAGUGUUAGAGCUCCCCAAGGUCGAUUUGGAACCCAGUCUACUCAGCCAGUUGCAGCUUCCGGAAGCCGGUGAUCUGGAAAGUAUCAAUCUUGGAUACGGCCCCGAGUGCGAAGUGAAAGACGUUAAUAUGGUUGCCAAGUUCAUCUUGAGGCUAUGUCCCAAGCUGUGUUGGGUCUCCAUGUGGGAGACAACGAGUGACGAGUCACUGCCUGAGGAAGCAGAUGAAGGGUGGGAAGGGGUGGUAUACCUUUUGAUGAAAUGGUUGGACGAGAAAUGCGAUAUUAGCGACCAGGAUGGCAUCGGUCACAGAACGAUGAAUGUCAUUGCGAUAACUGAGCCCAGCCAGCUACAACGUCUGUCCAGCAAGCAGAUGCGCCGUCGACGCAGUCCGACAUACGAUGGGGUGAUAGAGUCGCCCGCGUGCGCCUACGGCAAGCGGAUGGAUCCAAUGUCUAGGGUUUCGAAGACGGUGUUCAGAAGGCCGCACUUCGAGCACAGCGCACGGAGGCGAAUGGAUGGGCAACACAAACGCGCUGUGAACAAGGCGCUAUUUGGCGAGUACUAUGAGCCGGUCAGCCAUGCACGACCCCAAACGAAGAGAUGGGGGCGCACCUGCCAGCGGAAGGCCACUUCGGCGAAGAAGAUUCGGAAAUUUUAUGACUCUACACACGGAGUGUACGAGUGGGAAGAUAAGGUGAAAAUCGACGGCGACCGCAGUGCAGAAAGCACGCCUGAUGGGCGCUUUGGCGUGGGGAACCAAUCCGCUGAUCGCCCAAGCAUUGUUUUCUUCUUUGUCGUGUGGGAAGCAGACGAAAUUGUGUCUUCCGGAGUGGUCGACAUGCUCGGGGCAUCUCGAGACAUAAAGACGAACUUCGAUGAGCUGAUAGGGUCGUACCAGUACAACGACCCGGAUGUAGACCGUGACGCGCAAGUCGCGCUCGGUUUGUACGUUGAGGAGAAUGAGGCAUGGGACCUCGGAUCCAGAAUGGAUCCCAUCUCAAUUGACUCGGACGGUACACCAGGGCUGUCCACCACCGAGGAAGCAUGGCCAAUUAUGUUGCUGCUGUGCCACAACAACAGAGAAAUCAGUGUAGAUGAGGAAGUAGCCACAAGCAUCGCCAUGGACGAGGGCACCAUCGAAGGGGAUGGUGCAGAAUUUGACAUCACGCCGUCCAUGCACCAGUCAUCUAUGGCAUUGGCAUUUCCGGGAGACGGCACGUUCAGCGCUGGGCCAUCGAGGUUCCCCGGUGCGCUCGACUACACACUCAGCUGGGCUCAAGGGGACCCCGUUCCCUCAAUGGCUCAAACCACGUACGGGAGCAGAGAUUCUGUAUCCCGUACAAUAGAUCCUGGUCUGUUAUGGACAGAGCAGGACCACAUUGCAACCGAAUACGCAAUUUCUCUCGAUGACGAGGAUGCCGAGGGGAACGAGGUCCUCGAGGAAGGCGACGACGACGAGGUGUAUGACGACGACACUUCCAUUCUCCACGCAGAUAGCGGGGACAACGACGCACCUCCUGUGUCCAACGAGGACGAGUCUGCAAUGUUUGACGACGACGUCACCAUCGAAGCAGCCACCAACUUGCCACUCUUCACUCCUCCCCUCGCCAGGCCCAUAAUGCGUUCCCAGACUCGCGCGUCUUCUGAUAACAACGCUUUGGCGAUGCCCGAUGCCUCGCGUGGGCAAAAGCGCAGGGCUGACGAAGACGGCGAGGACGACGAUGACAACGAGAAGGCAGUGAAGAGGGCCCGGAAGGGAAAGGCGAAGGAUACUGGCCAGAAGAAGCAGAAAACCAAGCCAAAAGCGAAGCGUACAACGAAGGCAAAGGCAAAGGCAAGCAGCACGAAGAACAAGGCAGAGGCGGGCAACACCAAGAGCGAGGAAAAAAGGUUCCCAUGCUUGCAAGCCGAUUGUGAUCAGACAUUCGGACGUCAGAGCGAAAGCUCCCGCCACUUCAGAUGCAGUUGUCCGAAGAGAGACCCAGACGACCUCGAGAAACCCCCCUGCCCCCACUGCAAGGAGCCCUUGUGCAGAGGCGAUUCGGUCAGGCGACAUAUCGAGGAGGGUGCGUGUCCCGUCUUGAAACAGUCACCUGGAGAGUCGAAGGAGUCCGGAGCAUCGAGUGACGGGAACUACGGUAAGCGCAAGGGAGGAGACAAGGGUGGUCGCGGUGGAGGAAAGCGCGGCCGCGGUGGAGGAAAGGGUGGUCGCGGUGGAGCAAGGGGCGGUCAUGCCUAA